UUUGCUCCCAGUCUCAGCGCUGCACCAGCUGCCCCCGGCUUCGGCCCGCCCCUGCAGCGCCGUAUUGGAUUCCCGGCCCAGGGGGUGUUGCCGCCACGCCAGGACGGGGCGUGCGGGCGGUGAAAUGCCGGAGCUGCGGAGCGUUGUAUAAGGAGGAGCUGCGGGGAGCGGAAGAUCAUUGAACAGGACGCGUUUCUCUUCUGGCAGUUGAAGAGAUUAGCAAAAUGUUUGGGACGGUGGUAGUUGGAGUUGGAAUUGCUGGCUUAGCACGAAUCCGAGACUUGAUGAAUCCGAUGCCUUCCAGUCCUUCUGAGAACCUGAAACUCUUUGGAUUUGUAUCCAGGAGAAGUUUUGGCAAUAUUAAUGAGGCUAAGCAGAUUAGCCUGGAAGAUGCUCUGAGCAACAAAGACAUCCAUGCAGCCUUCAUCAGCACAGAGAACAGAAACCAUGAAGAAACCAUCAGAAUGUUCUUAGAAGCGGGAAAACAUGUCCUUGUUGAGUACCCCAUGACUUUGUCUGCUAAGGCAGCCCAUGAGCUCUGGGAGAUGGCUGACCAGAAAGGUAAAGUACUCCAUGUUGAGCACAUUGAACUUCUUACUGAAGAGUACAAGCAGCUGAAAAAAGAGGUGGCUGGGAAAGACCUGGUGAAGGGGACAUUGCAUUUCACAGCAGGUAGUGUUCUCGAUGAAAACAAAUCAGGAUUCCCAGCUUUCAGUGGAAUUGCCCGUCUGACGUGGCUGAUUGACCUCUUCGGUGACCUCACUGUUACCUCUGCCACCAGAGAGAAACAGAAGGAUAAGAAUUAUUCCAGAAUGACUGUUCACUUUCAGACCGCAAACAAGAAACCCUUGACUUGGAUUGAAGAAAGGGGACCAGGGAUGAGACGUGAAAAAAAAAUCAACUUCUGUUUCACAAGUGGUUGCCUGGAAAGCUUCCCUGAAACCCCAAGGUCUUCUGUGGGCCUUUUCAUGCAGGAUCAGAACCUCUUUGCCAAGAAACUGCUGGGCCAAGUCUCCAAGGAGGAGCUGGCUGCUGAGAAAUGGCGAAUUUUGCGGUGUCUUGACCUUGCCGAGGUGAUCCAACAGUACUGUGAAGAACCAGAGAAAAUCUAUUCCUGAGACUGCUCUUAGGGAAGGAAGAACACGGCAGAGGGAAAAGCUGUAGAGCUGGAACUCACUGUUGCCAUCAAGCAGUUGCUAUUUCUGUUUCAUUACCUUCUUUUUGACUGCUUGUGAUUUCUGGGCUCUUCAGGUGUUAUGGAAGAGUCUGUGCCUUCUGGUUUGCCCCAGACCAAAGCAAUUCCCCUGCUCUGAUGCAUCCCCGUCCUUUCAGGUAGUUAGGAACCUAGCAACAGCAAGUUUUCCUGUGAUUCGGCUGGGAAUAUCCCUGAGAAUAGAUCCUGCAGGACUGUAAAUACUAUAUAUAUAUACUCUGUCGCAGGGUCUGUUCCCCCAUUCCAGAUAUGACUAGAAAUGAAUGUGUCUCGAUAGUAUUCGUGUACUGUUUUCUAGAAUGAAGUUCCAGUUCCAUUUUCCACCUCCUUACUUGAAAUGCAGAACUUGUGUCACCACAGUCCUGACCUUUCCUUCCAAUUGCUUUCAAUUGUUCUGUGUGCUUGCUCUAAGUAGUUUUGCCUGUUAGGUAUGAGCAGGGGGUGUGGUUUUUGAGUUUUUGUCGGGUUUUCAUCCUGGAGGUCAACUACCAUCAAAUUAAACUUAUAUUGGUAUCAAACCAUAAUAGAAAAAUAAUCUUGUCUCUUGAUAGAGAGAUGUUGAUUUCAUUCAGUUUCUCUGGUGCCCUGUGCCAGUGUAGAAAUCUUUCCCCAACAGGGAUUAUAACCAUGCAUUGAACAAAUAACAUUGCCUGCCUGCUCUCUACUGAACCAAAAUAUUUUUGAUUUUGUACUGGAAGUGGCAUAUUAUUCUCCAUUUGUGUUCUAAUUUAGCAUGGGAGUGGAUCAUAGCAAAAAAUAAUAAAUAUCUUGAAUUUAAGAAAAGAAAAUCACUAAUGCACUCCUAGAAACAGAAUUUCAUUAGGAAUAGUGAUAAAUUUAGAUUAGUAUUGUAGAAAAUAGAGCAAUUUGAAAAUAUAUCCGUGUGCUUAUGUUGUGGUUCAGCUGGCAACUAAGCACCAGACAGCUACUUGCUUAUUGUACCUCAGUGGGAUGGGGAAGAGAAUGAAAGGUGAGGGGGAAAAAGGUGGGUUGAGAUAAUGACAAUUUAACAGAUAAAGCAAAAACUGCACGUGCAUGCAAAGCAAAGCAGGGAAUUCAUUCACUGCUUCCCAUGAGCAGGCAGGUGUUCAGCCACUCCCAGGAAAUCAAGGCUACAUCACACACAACAGCUACUUGGGAAAGCAAGCACCAUCACUCUGAAUGUUCCCCCCCUCCAUUCUCCUUCCCCAGCUUUAUAUGCAAUAUAGUGUGGCAUAUUGCUUUGUGGUCAGCUGCCCUGGCUGCGUCCGCUCCCAAAUUCUUGUGCACUCCCAACCUACUUGCUGGUGGUAUGGGGUGAGGAGCGGGAAAGGCCUUGAGGCUGUGCAAACAGCGCUUAGCAACAGCUGAAACAUCCCUGUGUUAUCAACACUGUUUUCAGCAAAAUCCAAAACACAGCCCCAUAAUAGCUACUCUGAGUCAAAUUAACUGCAGCCAAGCUAAAACCAGCCCAGGUUAUAGCAUAUGACACCCGUGGGAAUGGGUCUUUAGCAUUUUUACUGUAGUCACAGGAUCACAUAUGAAAACAUUAUCACUUCCCCUAAAGAAGCAUUUUAGUUUCAGAAGCCUAAGUACUGCACAAUGCUAUUAACAAUUCCUCUGGUUGCCUUUUACUUUCUAAUUACAGCAUCUGUUGAUGCUAUAAUAAUAUAGAAGCAAACUUCAGUCUGUGCAAUUUUUCUUUCAAAUCCAAAUAAACUUUUUAUUUUUUCUAUUUUAUCAUUUGGGCAACUUUUUAAUAAGGGAGCCUAUAUAUUGUGAACGUAUACAUAAUUGCAGCCAGUCACUAUUGACAGUUAAAAGUUUUCUUUUGAGUAAAUGUUCAUUCAGGAGUUGGAUACAAUUCAGUCUGCUGGAAACAAGAAAGAGAAGUCUGUGCAAUUUUCUCCUAAAUAGGUCUGAUUUUUGCAAUGACUGGAGCUUCAUGUGUAAAUGAAUUCUGCAUGUGGCAUUUCUUUAAAUCUACUCUAUCUCUUAAAAUCGUGAAAAUUCUGUUGCCUUCAGUGCAUUGCUGUGUGAGUUGGCAGCAGAUUUGUUCAGGCAGAUCCUGUGCUUGUCCACCCAAGUGGGUACCUUACUGAGUGUUCACAGGGACUUUUGUGCCACUGUGGUGGACAUGACAUGGACAGAUCUGAUGUUCUAUGAGGGGGAAAAGUGGAUUUUUGGCAAAACACAAAACAGUCCAUCUGUGGCUAGAAUGAAUUAGAAUCCUCUGUGUGUCUGCUAGGUAUGACAACCAGUGAAAGGUCCUGUUCCUUGACAAACUCCUGAUCUGUGAAUAUGGGAUGAAUGCUACUUGUUUACAUGCUAACUCAUAAUGGGUAGCUGGGGAGGGAGGGGAAAGCGAAAGGAGAUUCACACAUCUCUAGGCAUCAGAAUUAGUCAGCACGUCUCCCUGAGCAUGCUCUGCAAUUGCUGGUGAGAGCAGUAUUUCCCUACGAAACAGGGAAUAAAUUCAUGGGAGUUCUGUUAGAGCAGCAGUGUAAUAUUGUGCAGUGAAUUGUCCUCUGGAAAAGCUUGUUUCUAUAGAGAGCACCUGGGGAAAUUAGCUGAUUAAUUUGAGCUAGGGAAGGCAGAUGCCUAGAGCUUGGAUAUCCCACUCUCUCCUUCAUUCCCCUCCUGUUCCUUCCAGCUAACCUGCUUACCUACUACUGUCUCCUACUCCUGGGAGCCUGCAUCAUUUAAAUGGCUUUUCCUUCUGCCUUGUGAGAUUGCCAAGGUAUUGUGAUCGUUUGUAUAUGGGAGCUACUGGAUGUCCAGUUCCAAAUGUAUGUAUUGUUUAACCAGGUGUGAAACUCACCAAUAAAAUAUUGGAAUUCUCAA